UUUUAAGAUUUAUUUUAUUUUGUUUUUUUUGAAUGGAAAUGAUGAAUUAUUCAAUGUAUGCAUCAAAUGCCAAUCUAAUGGGUCGUUAUUUUGCAUUGAAACAGCCACAAAAUCAAGUACAAGUACAAUAUGUUUGGAUCGAUGGCCGACAAGGUUUACGUGCCAAAACAAGAACAUUGAAUUUUGUUCCACAAAAUGUACAACAAUUACCGAUUUGGAAUUUUGAUGGUUCAUCUACACGACAAUCGGAAGGUAAUAAUUCCGAUGUUUAUCUAUAUCCAGUGACAAUGUAUAUGGAUCCAUUUCGUGGUGGACAAAAUCGUAUUGUUCUAUGUGAAACAAUGCGUUAUGAUAAAACACCAUGUGUAUCGAAUACCCGUCAUUCAUGUAAAAAAGUUAUGGAUCAAGUUGUCGAUCAGGAACCAUGGUUUGGUAUUGAACAAGAAUAUUCAUUGUUAGAUGGUUGGAAUAAAACACAACCAUUUGGAUGGCCAUCUGGUGGAUUUCCAGCACCACAAGGUCCAUAUUAUUGUGGUAUUGGUGCAGGUAAAGUUUAUGGCCGUGAUAUUGUUGAAUCACAUUAUCGUGCAUGUAUGUAUGCCGGUGUUAAGAUUGCCGGUGAAAAUGCCGAAGUAAUGCCAUCACAAUGGGAAUAUCAGGUUGGACCAUGUGAAGGAAUAUCGAUUGGUGAUGAUCUUUGGAUGUCAAGAUUUCUAUUACAUCGUAUUGCUGAAGAUUGGUAUGUUCGAGUGACAUUUGAUCCAAAACCUAUACCAGGUGACUGGAAUGGUGCUGGUGGCCAUACGAAUUUUUCCACCAAAGCAAUGCGUCAAGAUGGUGGUCUUAAAGUGAUUGAAUCAGCAUGUCGAAAAUUAGCAUUACGUCAUCGUGCACAUAUACAAAAAUAUGAUCCAAGUGGUGGAGCAGAUAAUGCCCGCCGAUUAACUGGACGUCUUGAAACAUCAUCGAUUGAUCAUUUUAGUUGGGGUAUUGCUGAUCGUGGUGCAUCUGUACGUAUUUCUAGACAAACAUAUGAUGAAGGUAAAGGUUAUCUUGAAGAUCGUCGACCAGCAUCCAAUAUGGAUCCAUAUGUUGUAUGUGAAAUGAUUAUUCGAACAAUUUGUUUGAAUGAAACAUCAUCAUCAUCAUUAUCGGAUACACCAGCUACAAGUGGAUCAAAUGAAUCAAAUAAUGCUAGUAAAACAACAACAACAUCAUCUGCAACCACAAAAAUCAGCAAGUAGUAAAUCAACA